GGAAGUUCCGGGGCCUUUGCUGUGUGGGAUAAACAGUAAUGGCGGAGGCUGCAGCUCACCGAACAACAGCCACAACCUCAGGAGCAGGAGCGGCGGCGGCGGCGGCGGCAGGAGCCUCCCCCACCCGGAUCCUCACAGUCACCGCCCCGUCCUUGGGGGCGGGCGGAGAGGGCGACGGCAGCUACGGCAGCGGCGGCGGCUGGACUAAACAGGUCACCUGCAGGUAUUUUAUGCAUGGGGUUUGUAAGGAAGGAGACAACUGUCGCUACUCGCAUGACCUCUCUGACAGUCCGUGUAGUGUAGUGUGCAAGUGUUUUCAGCGAGGGUACUGUAUUUAUGGAGACCGCUGCAGGUGCUGGCAUCGCCACAACUGUUGUUACACUCGAGCUGAGGAGGCCGGCUGCAGCCCCAAGACAGAGCGCUACUCCUGGCAGUGCGUCAAUCAGAGCGUCCUGUGCGGACUGGAAUGUCACGUGGUAUACCAGCAACCCCGACUUCACCAAGUGCUUUCAGAGCACGGUCCUCGUGUGGGUGCCUUGUUUUUACCUCUGGGCCUGUUUCCCCUUCUACUUCCUCUAUCUCUCCCGACAUGACCGGGGCUACAUUCAGAUGACACCUCUCA